GAUGUUGAUCACAAAAUGAAAAGCAUAAAAGUUUUCAUGGCUAACAAACAAAUGUUCUUCGGUACACAGCAUCAAUCAUGCAUAAGGAGUCUACCACCAAAAACACCGUCAUUCACUCGUCACUCUUUCCUCUGCACUUCGCAAACACCAUUCCUACUCUCAGAUUUUGCAUUAUAAUAAACAAAGAGUCUCCUCGAUAGCAUUUGCCAAAGGAUCUGAAAGCAACAAACUAAACACCACAAAUCCUCCAACACUAGAAACGCUAAGAGCCCUUCAAUCACACAAAUGUUUUGGAGGCCUAAAACCAUGUUUCCCGGCAGUUCAGCCACCCAAAUGCCCUCCGCUAAGACUAUGAUCUCUGCAGCAGCCUCAGCUGCUGCCACAAUUGUGCUCUUCCGCUCCAUUGUUAAGGAGUAUCUUCCUUCUGAGUUCCGAAGAUACAUCUUCUACAAACUCAAAACCUUGAUCAACUCUUUUUCUUCGGAGUUCACUUUAGUUAUUGAAGAAUAUGACAACCUUAACCAAAACAAUCUCUUCAAAGCCGCAGAGCUCUAUCUUGAGUCCAUAAUUCCUCCGGAUGCAAAGAAACUCAAGAUCUCACUGAUCAAGAAAGAGAGUAAUUUCUCAUUCUCUUUAGAUAGAAACCAAGAAAUCGUUGAUCCCUUUAAUGGGGUUACUCUGAAAUGGAAGUUCAUCUCAAAACAAGGGCCAAGAAAAUAUAUACCAAGCCCUAAUAAUUUUAAUUCUAUACCAAACUAUGAGGAUAAGUUCUUUGAGUUGAGUUUUCACAAGAAGCAUAGGGAUAUGGUUAUUGAUGUUUAUUUAAAGCACGUGAUUAAAAAAUCAAAAGAAACGAAAGAGGAGAAGAAGAGUUUGAAGCUUUUCACGCUAACCCCUGACAGGAUGUCGGGGAGGAGAGGGGAUGUUUGGCAGUCAGUGAAUCUUCAUCAUCCUGCUACAUUCGAUACGUUAGCAAUGGAUAUGGAAGGGAAGAGGGUGAUCAUGGAGGAUCUUGAGAGGUUUGUGCAGAGAAGGGAGUUCUAUAGGAGGGUAGGCAAGGCAUGGAAACGUGGGUACUUACUGUUUGGUCCACCAGGGACUGGAAAGUCGAGCUUGAUUGCUGCAAUAGCUAACUAUCUUAAUUUUGAUAUUUAUGAUCUGGAAUUGACUGAUCUUAGGACCAAUUCUGAUCUUAGAAGUUUGUUGAUCUCAACUGAGAAUAAGUCCGUACUUGUGGUGGAGGACAUCGAUUGUUCCAUUGAAUUACAGGAUAGGCUUGCACAAGCCAGAGCAAUGAUGCCAUCUCGACAUUAUCUAGCAUAUGACCAAGUAAACCAGUAUCAGGUGACCCUAUCAGGAUUGCUUAACUUUGUGGAUGGAUUAUGGUCAAGCUGUGGGGAUGAACGAAUCAUAAUAUUCACUACCAAUCACAAAGAAAGACUUGAUCCUGCUUUGUUGCGACCUGGUCGUAUGGAUGUGCACAUUCACAUGUCCUACUGCACUCCAUGUGGAUUCAAAUUGCUGGCCUCCAACUACCUUGGGUUUACAGAGCACCCACUUUUCCCUUGUGUCGAAGCGCUAAUAGAGAAAGCGAGGGUUACUCCUGCAGAAGUAGGCGAGCAACUGCUGAGAUACGAGGAGCCAGAGAGUGCUUUAACAGGUCUUAUUGAGUUCCUUGAGGAUAAGAGCGAAAGACUGAAGAGAGAGGACGGAAACAAAGAUAGCAAUGGAGAAUCAGGAACAGCAGAGGGAAAACUUGCACAAGAGCUUGACGGGAACAAUGGUGAAGUUGUGAAAAAAGAGCUUGACGAGAGUACUGGUGAAGUAGUGAAAAAAGAGGAAGGUGCACAAGAGCCAGAUGGUGAAAGUGGUGAAAUUGUGAAAGAGGAGGGUAGGAGUAGGGGAGCAAUGGUAAAGAUCCAGUAAU